AUGCCACACACUGCCAAGGAGAACCCCAAUAUGCCGCAGAUGGAGCACUUCAUGCACACCACAGGCGAGACGGACGCCGUCUGGGUGCAUCAGAUGCCCUUCUCGGAAUACCCCCAAUUCCCCACGCUGUCAAAAGACUUGGACACGGACGUGUGCAUUGUCGGAUCCGGUAUUGCUGGCAUCUCAAUUGCCUACGAGCUGGUCGUGCGUGGGGUCAAAGUGACCAUGAUCGAAGCGAGAAGUGCAGUCUCCGGUGAGACAGGACGCACCAGCGGCCACUUGACCAGUGCGCUGGACGAUGGGUUCACCGAGAUCUACAAGAAACAUGGGUCUGAGGGUGCAAAGAUGGCCGCGGAUAGCCACUCAUGGGCGCUGCGCCGCGUGGGGGAGAUAUCCAAGGAACUCAACAUCGAAUGCGAAUACCGUCAUCUGCCUGUGUAUGAAAUCUCGCAGUAUGAUCGUGAGGACGGGAGACAUGAAAGGGACGUCGAGGAUCUCAAGGAAGAGGUCAAGACGGCUAAAUCCCUAGGCAUGCAGGUUGAGUAUCAAGAAGGUCUUGCCGUCCACGGCUGGCAUGGGAAACCUGAUCAGCGAGACGCCGCCGUGUUCAAGGACCAGGCCACCUUCCACCCGACGAAAUAUGUCAUUGGAGUCCUUACAUGGCUUGACAAGCAGCCGAAUUUUGAAUGCUACACGCACACCAGGGCGAAGGAAAUCAACGAACAAGGCACGGGUUUCUUCGGUUUUGGACGCCAGAUGGUCAAGCUGCAGACUGAAAAGGGUCAAACUAUCACGGCCAGCCACGCGGUCCAAGCGACCAAUGUACCACCACAGAAACUAAGUGUCAUUGCGGAGAUGGCGAGCAACAGGAGCUAUUGCAUUGCGGUCCGUGUGCCCAAGGGAUCAGUCGAGGACUGUCUUCUCUACGACUCGGCAGAGAAGUACAAAUACGUCCGGCUGACCCGCUGCGACGACAAGGAUGAUUACCUGGUCGUCGGAGGCUGUGACCACAAGGUCGGGCAGGCGAAUCCGUCGGGACGAUUUGCAACGCUGGAAACGUGGGUGCGUGAGCGCUUCACCCAGGCAGGGACAGUGGACUACCGAUGGAGCGGCCAGGUGAACGAGCCGGUCGACUACAUGGGAUUCAUUGGCAGAAACCAGGGCCAGAAGAAUAUCUACAUCGUCACGGGGGACAGCGGAGAUGGACUCACUCAUGGCGUCUUGGCCGGGAAGCUCAUUGCGGAUCAGAUCCAGGGCAUCUCGAAUCCGUGGAGCAAACUGUACGACCCGAAUCGCAUCGCCAGCGUCAUGCAGGCUCUCCCUCAGAUGCUCGCCCAUGACGCGCAGAUCAACACGCAGUACACGCGGUAUCUGGAGUCGGACAUUGAGGAUAUCGAAGACCUAGCUCCUGGCGAGGGAGGAAUGUUGAACAGCAAAACUGCUGAGCCUGUCGUGGUCUACAAGGACGAGUCUGACUGCGUUCAAGAGUUCAGCGCCAUCUGUCCGCAUCUGAAAGGCGUAAUCUGUUGGAAUGCCGUAGAGAAGACAUGGGACUGUCCGGUUCAUGGAAGCCGAUUCAGCAAGGAGGGAAUCUGUCUGCAGGGACCGGCGAAGAGCAAUUUGCAUCCAGUGGACACCGUGUGGAAGGGAUGA